AUGGAGAAGAAAGGACUCUGCAGCCUCAAGGAAGGACUCUGUUGCAACUACUACCUCAAAGGCCUGGGUUCCGCCGAGGAGUCCGGUAGAAGUCGCGCGUCCAUGCGGCCCGCCACUUCCCUGGACGCCAUCAGCCACCACCGCGUCAUAGCCACCGGCAGGGAGUUCCCCUCGCGCUCUGCCACUAUAUCUACUACCGCCCGUAACCACGUCACGAAGCCCUUCCCGAACGCCUCCUCAGAAUCGGAUUUGUCUCGCUACAGGACGAGGUUGAAGGACCGCAAGAGCCCCUCCCUCAGCAACCUCACCGCCGAGGGAAUGAAGCACAAGUUUUCGUUCCAAGACCCUAACGCAGCGAAGGGUCUUUUCCCAAACUCAAAGGGACAUCAGAAGAUCGACAAGGUUGCGCACGUGGGACAGGUGGUAAGUACCCUGUUUGUUUUUUUGUGUAUUUUCCUACGUUAUUUCGCCCUCUUCGUCGCGUUGGAAUUGUUUCUUUAA